AUGGCGGCGCGUGGGGCCAGGCCAACGCAGCCCGCAAGAGGCGCGUGGCGCGUCCGACGCUGCCUGUUCCUCCUCGCGCUCUCCUCGGUCGCCGGCUUCGUCGGCAUGAUAGUCAACCACCCAUCCGAGCUCCACAUGGGGCACACCCCGGGCUACGUCGGCCUGCAUUCUAUCGGAAGGUAUCACCCCGUCGGCGAGGCCGGGGCGCCCGCGCGGUACGAGCACGGGCACGCCCAGUUCGGUCCGAACAAGGCGCUGGAGGCGGAGUGGGAGGAGCGCAGGCGGGCGUGGAUCGGCCGGGAGGACGUCGAUCCGGACGAGAUCGAGCGCCUGGGCCGAAGAUAUGCAGCAAAAGGAGAAGGUCUGUUUCUGGUGCCGUGGACCGCGGGCGUCCCGACGUGGCCGUUCCAGAAGGUCCUCGACCAGUGGAACUGGGAGGCGGGCAUCAUCGCGCUGUCGGCGCCCAUGGAGGCCGAGAUGUAUCAGCGGGCCAUGCAGCAUGGGCUAUAUAUGGCCCUGAAACGCGUGGGCUUCAUCACGCUGCUCGUGUCGUCGUACCAGGAGUUUCCGGGCGAGGUCCAGAACCCGCACGACUCGCGGUUCGUGCUGGAGGAUGGAGCAGAGCUCACGCGGACGGCGGAUGCGGCGCUGCACUGUUUUCGGGCGGGGAGCGCGGAGGCGGCGGCGAUGCCCGAGGGCGUGCCGCGCGCGCUGAUCUCGGAGUCAGAUUUCGUGAAUUUCAACAGGGCGGACAGCGAGGGCAUGCUGAUCCCGGCGAAGGAGCUCUCUCCCGAACAGGCGCCGCACAAGGAAUUCGAUCUGAUUUAUUACAACGGAGGGACGCCGUGGCACGACUGGAUUCGGAACUUCACGCUGGCGCAGCCGAGUUUGGUCCGGCUGGCCAACGAGCUGGACUGGAAGAUUCUCAUGGUAGGAUGCGGCCUCGACGACGAUUACAUCGACGCGCUGGAAGAGGGAAAGAAGGGCAACAUCAAGCCGACGAACGAGUUUUCUGUGUGGAGGGAGUGGGUCGAGGCGCUGGACAAGGCCCGGUUCCUCUUCGUGCCGAACGUGCACGACGCGUCCCCGCGCAUGCUCACGGAGGCGCUGUCGCUCGACGUCGGCCUCCUCAUCAACGAGCACAUCAUAGGCGGCUGGAAAUACAUCCACGCGGACACCGCGGAGACCUUCAGCGACGUCAACGACGUCGUAGACGCUGCAACGCGACUCGAAGCGAAAGCUCUGCGGGGCGAGCUACGGCCGCGGGGAUGGCUCAAGGAGAAUUUCGGAUGGCACUUGGCGGCAGGGCGACUGCGGGCGUUUCUUGAGCUCUCGAUAGGGCCACGGCGGCUCGCGGAGGCGAGGAAGGUGGCGUUCAAGAAGGGGCUGCGGCCCGCAAUGCGCCCGCACACUGCAGCGCAUCGCAAGCUCUUGCUCGCGGACGACGGGGCCGCAGGCGACGACGGGAUGGACCCGCUGAGGGAGUGGCUCGCGGGGGUCGGGGCUGGCGCACCCGGGGAGGUGCGGGAGUGGGUCCGGGGCCUCGUCGGCGGGUAG